AUGGCAGUAGAAGAUCAAAAAGAAAGAACGCCUGAGACCACAAGCCGUUCAGAACCCAGUACGUCUAAAGCGAAAAAACCUGCGGUGCCGCUAAACACACCACUCCCUAGACGUCUGAUGAAGAAGAAUGAUGAACAACAAUUCAAGCACUUUCUUGAGCUCAUAAGGCAAUUUCAUAUCAACAUUCCACUUAUAGAGGCCUUAGAGCAAAUGCCAACAUAUGUCAAAUUUUUUAAGGACAUUUUGAUGAAGAAAAGAAGAGUCAGCGAGACGGAAGUAAUCGCACUAACGCAGGAGUGCAACGCGUUAGUAAGCAACAGUCUACCCAAGAAACAGAAGGACCUUGGGAGCUUCACAGUUCCUUGCUCAAUAGGAGGAUUAGAUAUGGGUCAUGCGUUGUGCGAUUUAGAAGCUAGCAUUAAUCUCAUGCCACUCUCAAUCUUUAAGAAAUUGGGAAUUGGCGAAGUACAACCCACUUCGUUUACUCUUCAACUUGCUGAUAGAAUAAUCAAGUACCCCGAAGGAAAAAUUGAAGACGUUCUUGUAAAGGUUGACAACUUCAUAUUCCCAGAAGACUUUAUUAUCUUGGACUAUGAAGCGAAUAGGGAUGUACCAAUUAUCCUUGGAUGCCCUUUUCUAGCUAUUGGGAAAGUUUUAAUUGAUGUGCAUAAAAGAGAAUUAACUAUGCGUGUAGAUAAUCAAGAGGUAAAGUUUAAUGUGUUAAACGUAUUAAAGUUCCCAGACAGUGAAGAUUAUCAGCUGAACAGUAUAGAGUUGCCUGAAGAAGAGACCUAUGUAUGCGAGGUCCUCGUGUUGGAGGAAAACUAG